CUCCCCUGGUUAGUCUCAGUACCAUGUCGACGUCAAGACUAGUUUCAGACGCCUCCUCCUCUCUCCCAUCUCCAACGUCAAGUAAACCAAAAUUUCUCCCAGGGAAAUCUUGGCAACAUUUCAUCGCGGGAGGAAUUGGCGGAAUGUGCGGUGCAGUGGUCACCAGCCCAUUCGACGUCGUAAAGACGCGUCUUCAGUCCAGUCUUUUCCUUGAAAAACCUGUCGCAGUUCGAAUCGUCGGGAAUGGUAGCGCUACAGUCGUGCGCUCAACGAGUGGAGCAGGCGGUCUUUUGUGGAAUUUCGUAGAGACUGGGUACAUCUUACGAAACAUUUACCGAGAAGAAUCAGCACGCGCGUUAUUCAAGGGUCUCGGUCCUACCCUCGUCGGUACCAUACCUGCAAAGUCGAUAAACUUCUUCACAUAUGGGAAUGGAAAACGGGUUAUUGCGAAUAAUUUCAAUGACGGCCAAGAAAACACCUAUGUCCACCUUUCGGCUGCGGCUCUCGCAGGAAUUGUGACGGGCACAAUAACAAACCCUAUAUGGGUUCUCAAAACACGGCUUCAAUUAGCCUCGACCGUCCAAAAUACAGAUGUGGACUCACGACGGUACAGGGGUGCUGGUUUAACGAUGGUCCGAAAAAUUCUAAGAGAAGAGGGUAUAAGAGGGUUCUAUAAGGGAUUAACGGCGAGCUAUGUUGGGGUUUCGGAGGGAAUAAUACAGUGGGUGUUGUACGAAAAAUUGAAGAAGUCAACGGCGAGCACGGAGAGUCAGAGACAGGGAGGUACUCAAGCCUGGCUCGGGAUGCUGGCCUCCGCAGGCACGGCCAAAUGCGUUGCGACAAUUUUAACUUACCCUCAUGAGGUCAUCCGAACCCGACUACGACAACCGCAAGUGAAUGGUGUCAUGAGAUACACUGGCCUCAUGCAGACUUUGCGGUUGAUCCUUGCAGAAGAAGGAACAAGGGCGUUAUACAACGGAUUGAGCGCACAUUUGAUGCGUGUCGUUCCGAAUGCUGCAGUGGUGUUCUCGAUUUACGAGGGCAUACUACUGUGGGCGGCAUGAUAUGAUCCCCCCACGAAAAAACAACGAUCCAUAAAUAUUGUUCUCUGUGAAAGGUGAUUACAUCCCCCCAUUCAGAUUUCAGAACACACAUCUCUUUAUGUAAUCGUAGAUAUUAACGUAUAUACCUUAGCAUAGUAUUGUAGACCACCCCUAUUUGUAUCAUAGAACUGCAGCUCAAAGCCAUACAGUGUAUGUUUUGAAUUGUGCCGCCUUACUUACAGUACGAGAAAUUGUGGGCCGGC